AAAUCACCUCUUAGUUACUUAACACUGCCUACCUACAAGGUGUCGAGAAUAACAGCCCAGGACAGAAAUGUCUCCUGGCUCCACAUACCGGGCACCGACCGGACUUUGCUUGAGACGGCAGCCCGAGUAGCCCCGAGAAAGAGAGAGAGAGAGAAAGCUAGCUCGCCAGCCCUAGGAGGCGGAAAGGGGCAGGGCGGAGGGAGUUGGCAACGCGGAGGCUCCUCCUCGUGGCCCGGCCGCGUAAGAUGUCGUCGCCGGAAUACGGAACAAACGGGGUCACAGUCGCCUACCCGGCAUCUGUGGGGGGGAAACGUGCUGCUUUCAGGCGGGCGCCUGCCUGAGAAAGCCGGGCGAACGGCUGGCUCAGCGCCGCCAUGCUGGCAGGCUGGAGGUGCCUGGAGCGGGCCGCCUGGAGUGCCCGGAGAUGGGCGAAGCUGGGCCGCUGCGAUGGCGGCACCAGGAGACGGGUCAGCACUAGCUGGUCCCCGGUGGGCGUUGCAUUCAAUGCCCAGCAACCGCAGCCGCACAGACGGGAGGUGGGGAAGAAAACGGGCCUGUUUGGUGUAGCAGAGUUGAAUUGUCCGGAAGGAUUUCAAGAAGCUCAAGAAAAAUCAUUGCAAGAAACAGAGCGGCUAGUACAGAAAGCCUGUACCACACCUCCUGGGAAGGAGAUCGUAAUGAUAUUUGAUCAGCUCUCGGAUGCCUUGUGUAGGGUAGCAGAUUUAGCUGACUUUGUGAAAAUUGCCCAUCCUGAUCUUGCUUUCAGAGAGGCUGCUGAAGAAGCCUGCAGAAGCAUUGGUACUAUGGUAGAAAAAUUAAAUACAGAUGUAGAUUUGUGUCAAAGCCUGAGAAAAUUGUUGGCAGACAAAAAUGUUAUGGCUUCCCUUGACCCAGAAACCAGGCGAGUUGCAGAACUUUUCAUGUUUGAUUUUGAGAUCAGUGGUAUUCACUUGGAUGAAGCAAAGCGUAAGAGGGCAGUAAAUCUCAAUGUCAAGCUACUGGAUUUAUGUAAUGAAUUUCUCAUGGGAUCUCAUCUUCCAAACAAGGUUGAUAAGCACAUUUUGCCAGAACACAUUCGUUGUAACUUUGCAGUUGAAGGCAAUUAUGCCCAAAUCAGCAGUCUCAGUGCAGAUAGUCCAGAUGAUCUGGUUCGUGAAGUAGCGUACAAGGUUUUCCUGUACCCGAAUGCUCAACAAUUGCACUGUUUAGAGGAACUGCUUACCAGUAGAGACCACCUGGCCCAGUUAGUUGGAUAUGACACUUUUGCUCAUCGAGCUCUUCAGGGAACAAUGGCCAAAACUCCAGAGAAAGUAAUGCAAUUUCUUGAAAAGCUUUCAGAUAGGUUAUCCCAGCGAACACUAAAUGAUUUUGAAAUGAUGGAAGGGAUGAAAACAAGAGUGAAUCCUAUCAAAUCAAAAUUGAUGCCUUGGGAUCACCCAUACUACAGUGGUGUCCUACGUGCUGAGAGGUAUAAUAUUGAACCCAACCUAUAUCGUCCCUUUUUCUCUCUUGGAGCUUGCAUGGAAGGUCUGAACAUCUUGUUCAGUAAACUCUUAGGAAUCUCCCUUUAUGCCGAGCAGCCUGAGCAGGGAGAAGUGUGGUGUGAGGAUAUUCGCAAGCUGGCUGUUGUCCAUGAGCAAGAAGGGUUGCUGGGGUACAUCUACUGUGAUUUCUUCCAAAGACCAGACAAGCCUCAUCAGGAUUGCCACUUCACAAUUCAGGGAGGAAGGCUAAAGGAAAAUGGAGAAUAUCAGCUCCCUAUGGUGGUGCUUAUGUUGAGUUUGCCCCAUUCUACUAGGGGUUCACCACCACUGCUGACUCCUGGUAUGAUGGAGAAUCUUUUCCACGAAAUGGGGCAUGCUAUGCAUUCUAUGCUGGGAAGGACUCGAUACCAACAUGUCACUGGAACAAGAUGUUCUACUGAUUUUGCUGAAGUUCCCUCUAUCUUGAUGGAGUACUUUGCAAAUGAUUAUCGAGUGGUGAACCAAUUUGCAAGGCACUUUCAAACAGGACAGCCAUUGCCAAAAAACAUGGUGUCAAGACUCUGUGAAUCUAAAAAGGUUUGUGCUGCUGCCGAUAUGCAACUUCAGGUCUUUUAUGCUGUUUUGGACCAAAUAUACCAUGGGAAACAUCCUCUAGAGAAGUCAACCACAGACAUUUUAAAGGAAACUCAAGAGAAAUUUUAUGGAUUGCCAUACGUUCCCAAUACUGCUUGGCAACUCCGAUUCAGCCAUCUUGUGGGUUACGGUGCCAAGUAUUAUUCCUACCUCAUGUCUCGGGCUGUGGCAUCCAUGGUAUGGAAACAGUGUUUUGUGCAGGAUCCCUUCAGCAGGACAAUGGGUGAACGUUAUCGCAAACAAAUGCUGGCACAUGGUGGUGGGAAAGAACCCAUGCUCAUGGUUCAAGGUAUGCUUCAGAAGUGCCCAUCAGUUGAAGACUUUGUAGAUGCCCUUGUUUCGGACUUGGAUCAGGACUUUGAAACAUUCUUCAUGGAUUCCGAAUAAUACAGAAGAAAAAUGUUCUGAUGGGUUUUUUUUUUUACAUGUGUUAUCAACAAUGUACAUAGAGCUGCUGUGGAUAUCACUGCAGGAUUUCAAGCAUUUUAAGUGCUUGAGAAAAUGUUUUGUGUAAAAUAAAUGGUUUACCUGGAAAGAAAAA